AUGUCUCUAUUUCACACACCCUACGCCUUUUUCGUAUGGUUGGUGACGCUCCUCGGGUUGGGUGUCCCGACCGCCGCUCCCCCCGGCGUUCCAUCGCACUACUCUGGCGAGGCGCAAAAGUUGGCUGAUCCGAACUACGGUCCCAUCCCCGGCCUGUCAGACCAUUACAGCAGUUACUGGGGCGUUGAGAGGCCUUUCCCUGGCAACAUCACGGAUCCUGUGUUUCCGACCGAAGUUGGACCACCAGCCGAGGAUGAUCACACAUGGCAAAACCUGCUUUCUGCAGAGUGGAUCAUCUUUGAGUUUUACCAGCAAGGCAUCGAGCGCUUCACGGACGAAGACUUUGUCAAGGUCGGCAUGCCCAACAAUACGCGCCGGCGUCUGAUGGAGAUUCGCAACAACGAGGCAGGCCAUCUCCGCAUUUUCCAGAACCAGAUCUCGCCCACGUCCAUCAAGCCCGGCCCUUGCAAAUACAACUUCCCCUUGCAGGACCCUCGCUCAUAUCUCGCGUUCAUGUCGGUAAUUGAGAUCUCGAGCAUGGCGUUCCUAACUGGACUCGUACAAGAGGCCAAGUCCGUCAGUGCCCAGGGCGCCAUGGCUGCCAUUUCGCAAACCGAGACUCGACACGAGAUAUGGGCUCUGACGGAGAUCUGGAAGGUUAAUCCGUUUGCCGGCCCGUCAGACACGGUGUUCCCAUACGCCAAUCAGAUCCUGUACAGCACCCACAACCUGAUCGUUCCCGGUAGCUGCCCACUUGAGAACCCAGAGUAUCCGCAUCCCCGCCAGCUUCUUCCCGCGCUGUCCGCUGCGCCCGACACAAAGAGUCUUGCUCCGGGCGCCACCAUCACGCUGGCAUUCACGGACAAGGACAACCAACCGGUUUUUGACCCUCACACGCAGUACUAUGCCGUCUUCUUCCACAGCCUGCUAAAUGUCAGCGUUCCCAUUGACACCAAGGGUUUCCCAGGACGUCCUAUCGAAGCCACCAUCCCUGAUGUUUUCGAGACCAGGGGUGUCAUCGUGGCUUUGAUUGCGAACGAACCCGGUGCACCUACCAAGGAGUCGGUUGUUGCCGGCCCUGCUGUUAUUCUGGAACAGCCUGUGGAGUUGGGUCCUGAGCUGGUGCGGGGAGGGACGAACUGA